CAAAUAUUUAUUUUAGAUCGCCUUUCAUUUCAUAUUAAUUAAUUUAAUCAUGUCAGCCACUUCACAUCACGUAGGGUAUAAAAACAACCCACCAUUGCAAGUAGUAAUAUCUGGCUCUGCUAUCACUGAGCUGAAGCAGAAGGCCUCCGUCGAUAAAAUGACCACAGAAAACCAUAGCAUUCAAGGAUGGGUCAACUUGGUUUUCCAGUCAUAUCAACAAGUAAAGACUAGUUUAUAACAAUUUUUCGGCUGAAGUAGAACUAAUUAUAGCUAGGGAGAUAUUGCAAUAGUAAACAAUUGCUUAGAGAGUGCAUACAUUUCUUACAUGAGAGGUUGCAGCAUCAUGGUGGAGAUAAUAAAGAAACAUUCACAGUAUAACGAAAUUAGAUUCAGCCCCAUCUACCUUCAAUUAAAGCAGAGGACGAACGAAGAAAUUUUUGCAUUAUUAGAGGAAUUAGCUAUAAAAAUCGAAAAUUGGUACAGGAUGAGACAAGAACAGUAUUACACUAAUAAUACACAUUUCAAUAUAAUCCCUGUAAGUCCAGCAACAACCUCUGCAGCUGCAUAUGCUUAUCGUCCUAGUCAUGAUCCCCGCAAUUUUCCUCAUUAUUCUUUAAAUGAUCUACCUACUCAUCAACCGCCGCCUUCACCAUCUUCGUCUUUAGCACAAGCAGUAUCAACAAAAUUAAGCAUUACAACAUCAGAUACUAAUCAGUAUCAAUUACCGUCAUGGACGAACUAUAUCUUUCCAAACACUCUUCUGGUUGAACCUCACGAAUUAGUAAAAUGGAUCACUGUAAAAGAAAAUCAGCCAAGCAUAUUAUUGAUCGACAACCGACCGAGGGAACUGUUUAGAAGGGGUUGUAUAAAGCAUUUAUGGAUCAUUCAGAUUGAACCCGUGUUAUGGCAAAAAGAUGAUAUGGCCAUGAAAAUGCAAGAGUCCAUACAACGAAAUCCAGAGGCGGAGCAAAGACUGUUUGCAGAGAAAGCCAGAUUUGAUCUAAUUGUGUAUUAUGACCAAAACUCGAAAUCAUUGGAUACUGCACAUGGGUCAACAACAAAUAUCAGGAAAAUCUUGGAAACUCAGCACCUAAAACGACCGCCCAUGAUGUUAGCCGGUGGUUUUGAUGCAUGGCAUUCGUACGUGGGUGCUUCAGGUGUAUAUACCUUUCUCGAACAAAAAGAAAAAAAGCAGUGGUUCAAAAGUGGUAACAGUAGUACUAGCAGCAUUGGAACUGAUCAUGAACCUCAUACUUUGUACGAUUCCUUUUCUGGGAAACCUAACCGACAGUCCUAUAACCAACAGCAACAGCAAAAGGUAUCUCCAGCUCACUCAUAUCCAAGUAUAUCCAUACCACAACCCUCUUUACCUACAGCACCUAGAAAGGAAUCACUCACAACAAGAUAUCCCGAAUUACUUUCUCCGACUAGUGAAGUAGCAACCUCGCCACAACGUCAACCAGUAGCUCAAAUUUCACAUCAGCAACAAGAUUUGAGACCCAUGCCACCAUCUUAUCCCAAGAUACAUCGACGCAAAACAUUUAUCGAUAACCCAUUUAACGGAUUUACAAAUACAAUGAGUAAACUCUACGAUGUUCCACCCAUGUCUAUUCCGCAUAGUAAAGCGAGUAGUGUAGUCACUAAUAAUUCACAGCCACAACGACCGUCAUCUGCUGAGCCUAGCGUUUCAAUCAACAGACCCUAUGCAAUGUCUGACUUUCAUCACGUGUCUACCAACAACAUUCACUCUAGCCCUACGUCCAGCUCUUAUUCUCAAUCAGGCACUGUCAUCGCUAUAGGCACCACUGGUCUAAAGAAUAUGGGAAACACGUGUUACAUGAAUUCAAUUAUACAGUGUCUAAGUGGAACAAUACCCUUAGCCAGAUACUUUAUAUCCGGUCUAUUUAAGCAACAUAUUAAUAGGAAUAACAAAACAGGUACACAGGGGGUAUUGACGGAGAGCUUUGUCGAACUACUUAGGGCGAUGUGGAGCGAAAGCUAUACUUUUGUAUCCCCAAUGACGUUUAGGGAAGCUCUUGUUCGAUUUGCUCCACGAUUCUCGGGUUUCGAUCAACAAGAUUCACAGGAGUUCUUACUAUUUUUGUUGGAUGGGUUGCAUGAAGACCUGAAUUCGACUGCAUUGGGAAGUCACUCGUCAUUGGUCGACGAUAUGACCUUUGAGAAAUUACCGGAUUGGCAAGCGAGUGCCUUAUCAUGGGAAAAAUAUCUGCAUCGGAAUUCUAGUGUCAUUGUCAGUUUAUUUCAGGGACAAUAUAGAAGUAGGCUUACAUGUUUAUCCUGCAAACAGACUUCUACGACAUAUAAUGUAUUUAUGUCCCUGUCAUUACCGAUUCCUGCCAAAAAACUAAGGAUAUCUAGCGUGACAUUGUAUCAAUGUUUGGAUUAUUUUGUGAAAGAAGAGACUUUAGAUAAAGAGGACGCUUGGAAAUGUCCUCAGUGCAAGAAAAAAAGAAAGGCCCUGAAGCAGCUUACAUUGACCAGGCUACCUGAUAUCCUUUUAAUUCAUUUAAAAAGAUUUUCGAUGGACGGACUUUUCAAAAACAAAUUGGAUAUAAUAGUGAAAUGUCCCACGAGGAGCCUGGAUUUAUCAGGAUAUGUCCCAAUGACCGUAACCCCUUCUCCACCACAAGAUCGCCCUUCCUAUGUGUACGAUCUGUACGCUGUAUCUAAUCAUUAUGGAUCAUUAUCCGGUGGACAUUAUACGGCAUGUGUAAGAGAUGGUUAUACAGAUAAAUGGCACUAUUUUGACGAUAGCAAAUUCUCUCUAUGUGAUGAGAAUAAAGUCGUGACAAAAGCGGCUUACAACUUAUUUUAUGUUAGAUCCAAAGUGAAAUAGAAAUUAUUUUUUUUUUCAAUUUUUUUUUUUUAUUAUUAAUGAAAAAAAACCACUAAAA